UUUCGAAGCUGUCGCAAGCUCUAAUCUCCGGUGCACCACCUGUUUUUACAGAGUUCAUACAAUAAGUUCAAUGAGAACAUUGAAGUGAUGAUGAGAUUUCUUUUUCCUUGAGGAUCAUAUGCGGGCGAUCCUCGGGACAGUCUGCCUGAGCAAUUUCAUUCAUCCGGAUGCAGGACAAAUGCUUGAGGCAUGCCAGACCCGAAGAGACGAUCAGAGGCUUCCCAUCGUGCAUCAGCUGCUAAAGCUGAAGAGAGACAAGUUGCACUAGGACAUCUUGAGGGAAUUAACGGACUUGAGUUGUUAUAAAGGAAGUUAUUCCCUGAUAGCACCACAUAACGCUCUUAAGGUUUCUUGCAAAAAGUUCGCCCCGUCAGAGGACGAGAUUGUGGUGGAACUCCUCGAGAGUGCCUGGGAACUCGAAAAAUAGAAUAAAAAAAAUGUUAAAGUACUGAGAGUGGAGUAAUUCGAGUGGGGGAGGGGUGAAGAAUCGAUGAUGGGCGAUCUUGUGAGUUCCAACAACAAUUCAGAGGCCAGCAGAGGACGACACAACAAUACAGAGACAGGCUGCAACCUCAAGUAUCAGGAUUUCGUUGUGCCUGAUGGAGAAAUCUGGUGCGAGUACAUCUGGGACGGAUUCCUCUGCUGGGCACCAGUCAAAACAUCCACCACUAGUCUCCAAAGGUGUCCACCAACAUUCGUCGUCGAUGAAUUUGCGGAAAGACGAUGCAGUGAAGAAGGAAAAUGGGGAGGACGCAGUGGAGCUCCGGAAGAGCCAGAUUUUCCUAAUGGCUGGACUAACUACACCCUCUGUUACUCACCGGAAAUGCGUUUGCUUCUUCGAAAACUUCAUACUGGAGACAAGGCAGCUGCCCAGGUGAAACUAGCGAUCGCCGAGAAGACGCGCACUCUGGAAUUCGUUGGACUGAGCAUCUCGUUGGCAGCACUUCUCAUUUCAUUAGCGAUUUUUUGCCGAUUUCGAUCGUUGAGAAACACUCGGACUCGUAUCCACAAGAAUCUGUUCGUGGCGAUGGUUAUCCAGGUAGUAAUACGCCUGACUCUGUACAUCGAUCAGGCAUUUGUAAAAGCUGAUGUGUUUGGGUCUGAACAGGGUAUAAAUAAUACGCCUGUUCUAUGUGAAGCGAGCUAUGUGCUCCUUGAGUACGCCAGGACUGCUAUGUUCAUGUGGAUGUUCAUAGAAGGAUUUUUUCUCCAUAACAUGGUAACUGUGACUGUAUUCCACGAAACUUCGUACUAUCGUAUGUAUCGAUUAGUUGGAUGGGGUUUUCCAGCUGUGAUGACAUUCGCAUGGGCUAUUGUGACCGCAUUCUAUUACCAUUCGUUCAAGUGCUGGUGGGGGUACAAUCUCUCUGUGUACUUUUGGAUACUCGAGGGACCAAGGAUGGCAGUUAUUUUGCUUAAUUUCUUGUUCCUGAUGAAUAUCGUUCGAGUGCUGGUCGUCAAGUUACGACAGAGUCACACCAGCGAGACUGAGCAAGUGCGGAAAGCAGUGAGAGCUGCUGUGGUACUGCUACCACUCCUCGGUAUCACAAAUUUGAUAUCAAUGGCUGGGGUACCACUGGAGCAGACCAUGUGGUUCGCCCUCUGGUCGUACACCACGCAUUUCCUGACAUCAUUCCAGGGGGUUUUCAUCGCCAUCCUGUACUGCUUUCUCAACGGCGAGGUGAGACUCGCACUCAAUAAAACGAUGUCCCUGUACGUGUCUUUGAGAGCUGCUGAACGACAUUCACGUCGACAGUCGACAUUCAGCGCCUGUCAGCCGCAACGGAUCGCAUCAGUGGUUGAAAUGGAACCCAGGGAAUUGAGACCCAGCGGAUGGUUACGAUUUUGCUGUCGUGGUAGAGACACCCCACCCCCCGAUCAACCCGCUGAGUGAGUGCAAUAGUCCGAGAGGAUGUCUUCUACGUUUUUAAUGGAUGCGAAAGAAUUAUGUAGAAUUAAAAUAUCUGCCACUGACGUUUCUUCGUCGAAUAUUAUGCAUCUCAUUGAAUAAUAUUCCCUGUAAUAAACGCAUGAAAGCACUUAAUCAACAGAUUCAAUGAAAUUCCCAGAAAAUUCCGCAAAACAAAUUCCCACAUCAGUAACGAAUAAUGAAACAUCACAUAAAGAACAACGGUUUGACCUCGGUGGUUUUGGCGUGAUCACAUCGCCAAAGAGAGACCAGUUUACUGACCAAUUACCUCAAUGCAUACGAACAAGAAUAACUGAGAAUAAAAAAAUCAUCAUUCAUGGAGACAGGCUCAUCAAUUCGAAGGAAACAUGAGGUGCCCAGAAAGGACUGAUAGAAUAUUUCGAGCAUUAAACCGUACCAUCGCAGAUAAGAAUAGAGCCAUCAUUCAAGAACACCCUGGAAAGCAUCGUCUUGUGCAUUCAUAGCAUUCAUCGAAUAAGUAAAGUAAUUUUUAUAAUGACUCAUUGGCGCCAGCCAACUGGAAAAGAGAACGAGGGCAAUCGAAAAGCCAUUUCUCUAAACAUAAUGGCAAAAUCAUCCUAUAAAAUUCACCGAAGAAACUGUUGAAAUAAAAAUGAACAAAAAUCCCUGAGCGAUACUUUUUACGUUAUUCGAAAGCCGAGAAUAUCCCGCGGAAAGAAACCAUGGAACCUUUUGUCACAGUGUGAUUCAUUUGUAACGAGAAGAGGGAAUUUGAUCGGUUGGGUAAUGCCUCCUAGACCCGUACCGACUGACGAGGUAAUGAGGCACCUCUGGGUGAAGUGAAGUACAAUGACGGAGAAUAAAUAAACCCCGAAGGAUAAAUUUAUCCUUGUGUUUUGAAACGAGUAGUUCGAGCUUUCGUUGUGAUUUCUUCUACAAGACGCUGGAAAUUUGUACGCCUAUUUAUUCUAAUUGUACGAGGCAUAUUUUCAUGUGAUUACUUAAAGAUUUUAACAUAAUUGUGAAAAUAUCGUGGGAGAUUAUUGAUAAAUUCAUGUGAUUAAAUGCCUAGAUAUUGAUCGUAUUCAGUGUAUUUUUUCAGGUGGAAAUUAAAAUGACCAUCGUCGAUCGAUGCCAUUUUAGGAUAUAAUUGUACGCAUGAAAAAUCUUGGUAAAAAAAAAUGCAUUUUCCUAUGUGCGAACUGUCCUCACUGUCAAGUGUCAAAUAAAUAGAGAUGUUCAAAGAAUAAUAAUAAAAAUAUGACGUCACCUGACAGUCGUAGAACGGUCCUAAAUUAGUCGUAUGGCGAAAUAAAAAUGACGAUUUCCCGAUGAGGUUAUUCUGUGGGGAAAUACACACGGUACACGUGAAAUUGCAGUGGGAUUUUUCAUAAACCUCAGGUUUCUUAAUUUUAUAGGCGUCAAUGAUUUCCUCGGACUGUAAAUAAAGUAUGUAAACAUUUA